AUGGCCGGCAACCACCAGCCCUAUGAAAUCUCGCACAUGAUCCACGCCUCACUGCAUGCGAGGCUCUACGGCGGCAGCUACAGGCUAAAUAAUAACGACCCCUGGGUCGAAGUCUACGAUCCGUUGCCCUUCAUCGACUUUGUCCGGAGCGAAAAAGAGCGGAUCGCGGACGUUUUCAAGAAAACGCUGCCGAUGGACGAGCAGGCAAUCGACGUCGAGGAGCCCGGCGUCGAGGCGCAGGGAAUGCCAGCGAUCGAGCGCCGUCGUCGAUUCCGCGAGCGAUACACCGUGGAGCGUGAGAUCCGGGGCAACGACUACGUUUCCCGCCAGCAGAUCGUCUACAAGUCGCUCUCCAACGGCCGUACGUGCGCGUUCGAGUAUCCGUUCAUCGACGUUUUCAAGAAUUGCUUCCAAGAAGGAUGCAAGAUCUGCUCGUUCGAGAGUCUGGACGACCGGAUGGCGCGCUUGGCGGCUGACAUCCAGGACCCGCGCUCCAAGCUGACCAUCUUGAAGGCCUACAAGAUCCCCGUCCAGCAGCCGAUCGAGCCGCUGGACGUCAAGUCGUUUGCGUUCGAAAAUCUUCACCCAGCCGAGGGUUUCCGCUGCCAUUUUUGCCAUCAAAUUCUGAAGACCAAGUGCACUCUGCGGGCCCACAUCAAUCACAAGCACGUCGUCCACGCCGGCCCGCCGAAGAAACGCGGCCGCCCACGCAAGCCGGAGAACGAGAAGGUGCGCCGCGAACCGAGGCCCAGGCGAACCGCGGACAUCUUGACGAGGAUCAAGGCCGAGCCCGAGGACCCCGAGUACCCGAACUGCUCCGACUUCCCGGAAUUCGCGCCGCCGCGUGCUCGGCAUGGUGUCGCCAUCUCGCACGGCGUGCCCGCCCAACGUGCCCCCAGCGACGACCACUUUUUGUGCGAGGGCGACCGGCUGCCACAGGAUCGAGUCGUGGGUCUGCGCUGGGACGAACUA